CAUGUGCAUCCUUUUCUUGCCGUAACAUCUGAUUCCGAGCUCCUCUCUUUCUUACUUCCCUUCGUUAUAUAAUAAUACGCAAAGUAAAAAAAAUCACACAAGCGAGAAAACAACAACCCAAAAUCUCAUCUUGAUUCUUCUUCCUCUUCCUCUUCUUCGUUGUAGUUCGCUUUCUCUCGCUCUCUCUCCUUCUCUCAUCUGUUUCACAAGCAUAUAUAUAGAGCAGUGAGUGAGCAUUUUACCAAUCCCUCUUUCUGAAGCACCAAUGCCUGCGCAGAAGCGGUCUUUGCCAGAGUCUACGGACGAUGGAGAGGUCUCAGAACUUUACAACCACCGCCAUGCGAAGCAAUCUCAUCGGGACCGAGAGCUACAAGGCGAGGAAAAGAGGGCAGAGGAAGAUGAGCAAGGGGAGCUUGGUGAAGGGGAAGAAGAAGGACAACAGAACGAGCAAGAGCAGGAUAAGGAGGAGAAAGCAGAGGAUUCUGAGGAAAGCCCAUCUUCUGAAACCGAAGAGAAACCUGAAUUUGUGUUUGUCGAACUUCUGGAAAUUCGUAAAGAUGUCCAAUGUCCAAUUUGCCUCGGUAUUAUCAAGAAAACACGGACCGUCAUGGAAUGCUUGCACCGGUUUUGCAGGGAAUGCAUUGACAAGUCAAUGAGACUAGGGAAUAAUGAAUGCCCAGCUUGCCGCACACAUUGUGCCAGUCGUCGUUCCUUGAGAGAUGAUCCAAACUAUGAUUCUCUAAUUGCUGCUCUAUAUCCAGACAUUGAGAAGUAUGAGGAAGAGGAGCUUGAAUUUCGUGAAGAGGAGAAGAACCGCAAUAAGCAGAUUCAAGCUUCAAUUGCAAAAGUGGUUCAGCGGCAAUCUGAAGCACUGGUUAAGAGGCGUAAUAAGGAUACACCACCAGGUGCAUUUGUCACCAGGUCACAGCGCAAUAAUAGGAAUGUUGGUAGGAGACAAAACCAUGGAAUUGAUCAAGGAUCAGAAGACAAUGAAGAGGAAAAUGAAAAUAAUGGAGAGAAAGACUCAUCCUCCACUGAUGAGCGGAGUGCAGAACCAAAGAAAAAGCGAAAGAGAGGGACAAGAGUUCGUCCCUCCCAACCUUCCUCAUCAAUGGCAAGCCCUGAUGGUGGCUUUAUAGAAAGUGAUGUUGAUAUAAUCAGAGAAAAUCGAGGAAUUUCUUCAAGGCAUCUGUCAAAACCUCAGAAGCUUACUUGGGGAAGGGGUGGUUUUAGGAGCCACACUCGACAUGGCAGUGGCAGCGGCAGCUCUAGCAAGAAUGCUCGCGGUAGUCGCGUGUCUAAGUUUGUUGAUUAUUUAAGAAGCUUAGAUGAAAACACAGAUGAGUAUGACAUCCAUCUUAUGCUUGUUUCCUUGGACAAAGAAAGUAUACCAAGUUUGCAGCAGCCACACCUUUGCUGUCGGCCAACUCUGUCCGUCAAGCACCUGUGCGAAUAUAUUGCUCAGCAGACCCUAUUGCCAGCUGAAGAAAUUGAGAUAUUGGCCGUUAAAGGAUGCUGCAGCAUCAUCUGUGAUAAGUCAGCCGAUGAGGCUUCAACCUUGCACAAUGACGAGCUCACCACACUGGUUUUAGAUCCCUGCAAAGAUGAACUGGAAAUUUUGCAAGUACAUGAAACUUUGGCGGGGCUCAAGUCCAAAUUCACGUCUAAAAUGGAGCACCUGAUUCUGGCAUUUAGGAGGAAGGAGAAAAUAUAGUCAGGCUUGAACAGACCGUUUUGAUGUCGAGGAUGGCCGAACUACCUGUACAUAUAAAGUGACCGAUCGUCAAUUCUAGUUGCAUUCUCAAGGAAGUGAAUAUACAGCAUAAAUUAUAGAAACAUGUUAUCUUUGAAGCCUAAAAGAUUAUAUAUCUCACAGAAAUUUAGAUACAUUUUCGAGAAUAAUUAUUAUAUAGAGGGGAUUUGUGCAUGGCGUCAUCACAGUCGCGGUCUCUUUUUCUUUGGGAUUAUUCAUGUGGAUACGUAUCAUAAUUAGGAUUUUGAAGCAUAUGCAUGCUUUGUCAUUAAA